AGCGCUCCGGUCCCACCGCCUGCUACCCGGCUCCGGGUCCCUGCUGCUUCCCCCGCGCCUGCCAAUGGCCGGAAAGGCGCUGUCGCUCCUGCCGCCGCUGCUGCUGGCCUCGGCGGGCAUCGCCGGCCUCUUGCUCCUGUGUGUCCCCACCCGCGACGUCCGGGAACCGCCUGCUCUCAAGUAUGGCAUCGUGCUGGACGCUGGCUCUUCACAUACAUCCAUGUUUAUCUACAAGUGGCCAGCAGACAAGGAGAAUGACACAGGCAUUGUGAGCCAGCACAGCUCCUGUGAUGUCCAGGGUGGGGGCAUCUCCAGUUAUGCGGACGACCCUUCCAAGGCAGGACAGAGCCUGGUGGAGUGCCUGGAACAGGCACUGCGGGAUGUGCCCAAAGAGAGACAUGCUGGCACACCUCUGUACCUGGGUGCCACAGCAGGCAUGCGCCUGUUGAACCUAACCCGUCCAGAGGCCUCAGCCAAUGUCCUGGCUGCCGUGACACAGACGCUGAUCCAGUACCCCUUCAACUUUCGGGGGGCACGCAUUCUGUCGGGCCAGGAUGAGGGCGUGUUCGGCUGGGUGACUGCCAACUAUCUCCUGGAGAACUUCAUCAAGUAUGGCUGGGUGGGCCGAUGGUUCCGGCCCAGGAAGGGAACCCUGGGGGCCAUGGACCUGGGAGGCGCAUCCACCCAGAUCACCUUCGAGACAGCUAAGCCAGCUGAGGAUCCAGCCAACGAGGUCCACCUUCGGCUUUAUGGCCAGCACUACCAUGUCUAUACCCACAGCUUCCUCUGCUAUGGCCGAGACCAGGUCCUCCAGAGGUUGCUGGCCAGUGCUCUCCAGACGCAGCAUUCUCACCCUUGCUGGCCACAGGGCUACUCCACCCAGGUGCUGCUCGGCAGCUUGUACCAAUCACCUUGUACCCGGGCUCAGUGGCCCCGGGCCUUCAAUAGCAGCACCAGGAUCACAGUGUCGGGCUCCAGUGACCCUGUACUCUGCCGUGGCCUCAUCUCAGGGCUCUUCAACUCUUCCUCCUGCCCUUUUUCCCGCUGCUCCUUUGAUGGGGUCUUCCAGCCCCCGGUGGCUGGGAACUUCAUCGCCUUCUCUGCCUUCUACUACACCGUGGACUUUCUGAGGACUGUCAUGGGGCUGCCCACGGCCACUCUGAGGCAGCUGGAUGUAGCCGCGGUGACCACCUGCAACCAGACAUGGACUGAGCUGCAGGCUCGGGCGCCACAGCAGAAGGCCCGCCUGGCCGACUACUGCGCGGGAGCCAUGUUCGUACACCAGCUGCUGAGCCAGGGCUACGGCUUUGAUGAGCGCACGUUCAGCAGCGUGACCUUCCAGAAGAAGGCUGCGGACACGGCCGUAGGCUGGGCGUUGGGCUACAUGCUGAACCUCACCAAUAUGAUCCCCGCCGACCCGCCAGGGCUGCGCAAGGGCACCGCCUUCAGCUACUGGGUGGCCCUUCUCCUGCUCUUCGCAGCCUUGCUCCUGGCCGCUCUUGUCCUGCUGCUGCGCCGAGCUCGCUCUCCCAAGGCGCAGAACGUCAUCUAGGGGUGAGGGGGUUGCCCUGGAUCCCACCCACAGCACUUCACUCCGCAGUAUCCUGCCCCAACACUCCUGGAGGGUCGCAGAACUCAGAUUCUGCCAUCCACACCCACAGGGGUCCUGUGUGGGGCAAAGGAAACCCACGCUCCCUUUCAGCUCCCCAGCACACCCAGUCCUGGCCGCUGGGCUUUGCCUUAACGCUUCUCUUUCUGAGGUGAGGGCCCUUCACCCUAACUCAGAGCAGAGUCUCCAGGAAGUGGGGCCUUGUGUGAUCAUCAGGGCCCUCGAAGCCGCUCUGUGGAUUCCUGGCCUUUCCUGGGGAGGGUCAGAGCCCACGGAGGGGAGCCAGCCCAGCGCCUGCUUGUAAACAUUUUGUAAUAAAAGGUUUUUCCUAGAGCA